AUGCUCCUCCUCCACCAGACGGGCAGCGUCAAGAUUGGCGAGGUCGUGCGCUACACGGUGACGUACACGCCCUCGCAGGACCGCAUCCUGCCGUCGCCGGAGCAGCUGUUCGUGCGCAUUCGGAACACGUCCAACAUCGCCCUGCGAGCGGCGUUUGUCCACGGCCCCUAUACGCUGAGCGUGGCGGCGUAUCCCGCAAAGUUCAACCCCAACGAGAAGUUCCCCAGCCCGCGCCGCUAUGGUGUGCCCGAGUUCGAGCCCAUGCUCAAGGCCGGCGGGACGUGGGAGUGCGAGCUGAUCGUGCCGGACGACAUUCGACAGGCCGCGGGCACGGGCAGCCACGGCACGUUUGGCAAGGGACCAGAGCACGAUUCCGAGAACGUCAGCUGGAUCAUUGAGAUCUCUUCGCAGGUCAUCUUCUCGACGUCCGCGGCCGUGGGGUACGAGCUUCUCGUGGCGAGAGAGCAAAAGUCGCUGAGCCUGGGCUCCUCGCUGCCCGUUGUCGGUGGUCAAGCCCAGGUACCGCAGCCGGGGAAGCUGGUGGACCAUCAGCAGAGCAUCGGGGCCAAGGACGGGCAUCAUCCGGGGCAGCCUCGCGGGGUCUUCUCGCGGGCGAUACACGUCAAGGUGGAGGAUACGGGGACGCUAUGGAACACGCCCCGGCUACCGCAAUGGGACGAUGCUGGCGAUAAGAGAGUCGACGACGCUUCCGGUGCCGACAAGCCUGUCGAGAGCAUGGUCAAGACGGGCGAUCCGGAGACCGAGGAAAGGAAACCUAAUCAACGGAAGCAGAAGAAGGUCCACCUCGUCAUCUUAACGCAUGGCCUACAUAGCAAUUUAGGCGCCGAUAUGUUAUUCAUGAAGGAGAGCAUCGAUGCGGCUGCGAGGCAGGCAAAGAUUGAUAGAAAGGCGAGACGAGCCAAAGACCGUGCAGAAGCUGAGGCCAACAACGACAAUAAGACCAAAGACGGAUCGUCUUCAUCAGCAGGGAGCGACGAGGAGGACGAGGAUGACGAAGAAGAGGUCAUUGUGCGAGGAUACUCUGGGAACGCCACCAAAACGGAAAAGGGUAUCAAGUAUCUCGGCAAGAGGCUGGCGAGGUAUGUCCUCUCCAUGACAUAUCCGGAUCAGCCCUUCUUGCCGAUAGGAGGAAAAGGCGCGCUCGAAGGGUUCACGCACGGGCUCGGCGAUCAGGCGGCGCAUGAGCUGGUGAAAGCCCAUAAGAACAGCACCAUCAUGAAGGAGGCCGACUCGGAGGGAGCGCACGACCACACCAAGAUUCAGAGGCCUUACAAGGUCACGAGCAUCAGCUUCGUCGCACAUUCGCUGGGUGGACUGGUCCAAACGUACGCUAUUGCCUACAUACAGAAACAUUCGCCGCGAUUCUUCGACCUUAUACGGCCCAUAAACUUUAUCGCUCUGGCUACUCCUUUUCUAGGCCUGAGCAACGAGAACCCACUCUACGUCAAGUUUGCGCUCGAUUUUGGCCUCGUGGGAAGGACAGGGCAAGAUUUAGGCCUUACAUGGAGAGCUCCGACGAUUGCACGCAGCGGCUGGGGCGCCAUAGUGAGCAAUCUCGGGGAGUCUGCUCACAAAAAGGUCUACGGAGAAUCACAGCCCGAGUCCAAGCCUCUGUUGCGCAUCCUGCCCACGGGGCCGGCGCACAUUGCUCUCAAGAAGUUCCGGAACCGGACGGUCUAUUCCAACGUGGUGAAUGAUGGCAUCGUUCCGCUGCGUACCAGCUGCUUGCUAUUCUUGGACUGGCAAGGCCUCGGACGUGUCAACAAGGCAAGGCGAGACGCUGGUCUCGUGGAGACAGUGGUGGGCUUUGGAUGGGCGGAGCUCACGGGGGCCAACAUGGUAUCCUCACGGUCAAAGCUGCAGAUUCCCCCAGACGACAUCGAGACAGACUCGGGAACGACGACUCCUAAUGGUGAGAGCAGCAACAGCAACAGCCACCAAGUACCACAGCCUUCCAAUGAUGCCAUCGCUGAAGACGACCGGGCCAGUCUCCGCUCAUCAGCCCCAGCGGUAUACACCGAAGAGCAACCACUGGAAAGCCCGGGAGAGAGCAAUCCGCUUCACACUCCACUCACAGGAAUCUUCAACUUCUUUAGGAGUAACGACCCCCCGAAAGAGCAGGCCGUGACGGAGAAGCAGAAGCGGAUCUUGCGUAGGAGCCAGACCCUCAAGAACGGCGGAGAUGCCUCCAGCACGGCUGAUAGCACCGACUCGUCGGACACGGGCAAGCGAUCGGGCAAGGCUACGGCAGGGCUUGAGUUUGAGAAUGAUCCGGUGAGGGCGCCCCCAAAGACGACAUUCUUCGAAUCCGCGGGCGACCUUCUUAAUCCCAAGAUUCCGGAUGUUGAGUGGCUCAUUGAUCCGUCGAAGCGGGCGCGAACAAUCUUUCACGACCGAGUGUAUCAUCCAUCGGACAUUCCACCACCGCCCCUGAAGAAGCGGACCUCAACACUGAGUAAGAUGAGGAUCAAGUCUUCAUCUUCGUCGCUGCAUUCCCCAAACGGCAGUGGUGCUUCGACGCCGCAUGCAGAGAUCAACCAUGAGGAUUCGAUGGCCGCCUCGGUCAAGGAUUACGACGACACGGCCAACACGGGCCCCGAGAAGCAGCCCAAUGAAAUUGUUGACGGCUCGGCCAUGCGUGUUGAGGAGAAGAUUUCGCGCGGAUACCACAAGGAUCUAUCGUGGCGGAAGGUGCUUGUCAAGCUGGAGCCGGAUGCCCACAACAACAUAUUCGUCCGGCGCAUGUUCCCCAACGCUUAUGGCUGGCCAGUCAUCAAGCAUUUGGUUGAUGCGCAUUUCAGCGACUCGGCUGUUUCCCGAAUGCGCACCGAGGACGAGCAUAUGGGCGAGCGGGCUCUGGAUAUUGGCCAACCUCCUGGGGCAGACGGCCGAGAAACCAAGACAGUGUCUAUGCGGCAAGCUCGGGGUCUUAUGCCGGAGCCGACAAAUGCGAGUGAGGCGCGGGAGGCGCUCGACGAGGUGCCUGACCUGCCGAAGACCCAAGACACUGAUCGGUCUUCUAUACAAAAUCACCCCCAUCAAGGAGAUAGGGGCGAUUCGAUGUCGUGGAGCGAACGGGACUGGGCGAGCAGCGAGAACGAGGACGAUGCCGACUUUAUGAACGAUCUAGCCGGUGACAAGAAAUUGGAGAAGGCAAAGGAGAGUGGAGGGAGACUGAGUCCUUCGUCGUGGAACUGGACAGAGAAGAUUGUGGGCAAGGGGGCUAUGAAGUCGAGAAGCAAAAGUCCGACGACGCCGACGACACCGACAACGCCGACAAUGCCGAAGCCGGCAAUGCUGAAACCGGCAGGGCCUGGAGAAACUGCGUGA